AUGAAUAGCAGUCAACAAAAUGGAAAAGUAAUGGUAAAAAGAAAUGUUGACAUCAAUGAUGAUAAUGAUGAUUCAUUGUUGGAAGAUGUACAAGAUAAAAGAUUAUUCUUCUUCAGAAAAAUCCGCGAAGAAAACAUUAAUAAAUUGGUAUAUACAGACGAACAUUCAAACAGAACACUCAAGUCACUGUUGGAAGAUAUAUCUACAGAGUGCAAUGUGGAGGACGAAAACAUGACUGACAUAUCUUUUCGCAACGAAUAUGUUACCCAAACAGACCUAUUUAGAAAACACGAUAAGACUCCGGCGGAUGAUUGUAUUGAAAAUGACUGUGGAUACUCGUAUGAUAACUACAAUUGUUAUUUCUCCUGUAUCGGGAUUGGUUUACCUUGUGAGCUUACGAAAUGUUUGAACUCUUCGUUGACCUGCAUGGAUGUUUCUCGUAGUGAUAUUGUCAAGAUCCAUGAUCGUGCAUUUUCUGGAUUGUCAUGCCUUGUCCUUCUUGAUCUUUCCCGAAACAGAAUCCAAACACUUAACAGUGAUAUAUUUAAUGGACUGUCAGAUUUGUCUGAACUUGACCUUUCCCGAAAUAAAAUCAAAACUAUAGAUAAUUAUGUGUUUAAUGAACUGUCCGAUUUGACUAACCUUGACCUCUCUCAGAAUAGAAUUAGCACUAUAGACAAUUAUGCCUUUAAUGGACUUUCUAAUUUGUGUCGACUAAAUCUCUCCCACAAUGAAAUUACAGUCAUUAGCGAAUAUGCAUUUGAUAAUUUCUUCGGAGGAAUAUUGCCAUUAAAUUUACCAAAUCUUCUCAAAUUAGAUUUGUCGAAAAACGACUUAAGUUCGUAUUAUCAGAUCACAUAUGCUUGUCGAGAAUUACAUGGAUUUCCAUCCAUGCUGAUUCCAGAUUUUGCAUUCAGUGGAUUUCUUAGGUUAGAAUUUCUAGAUAUGUCCAACUAUCAUGUCUUAUAUCUACCAGAUAAAAUAUUCACGGGUCUCUCAAAUUUGCUGGAACUUCGUUUGUCCUAUAAUGACAUAGCAACUCUUCCAAUUGAAGUUUUUGUAGGCCUUUCCGACCUUGUCAGCCUAAACGUAUCCAACAAUAAGAUAUCAUUUCUUCCUGAUAACGUGUUUAAUGAUCUGUGUAAUCUCACCCUCCUGGAUUUAUCUCACAAUAGGAUAUUGUCCCUCACGAGAAAAGUAUUUAAUAGACUCUCUAGUCUGAGAAAUCUGGAUUUAUCCUACAAUAUGAUACCGUCCGUCCCCGGUAACGCAUUUAAAGGUUUAUUUAGUCUCGCCAACCUGAAUCUAUCAAACAAUAAAAUCACUGCUAUCACAACCAAAACUUUUAGACGAAUUGUCUCACUAAUGCAUCUUGAUAUAUCUUAUAAUAAAUUAAGUCUCAUACCGACCGGGUCAUUUAAGAGAAGUGGUAAAGUGAAGUGUCUGAAUAUUAUAGGCAAUCCAUUAAACGUUCGAGAGGAUAUGUUUGAAGGUUUGAACAACUUAGAGAUUUUACUGACUAAUACUCCUUUUUCGUGUUGCGUAAAACCGAAAUCCGUCGCCGAUAAUAAAUGUUUGUCAACUUUAUGUCUAAGCUCAUCUUGUGAGGUACAUUUUGACGCAAUGUCGUCCUGCCAGACGCUUAUUCGCUCAAAGAUAUUAAGAAUCUUUCUUUGGAUUAUAGGAAUAUGUGCGGUAGUUGGAAAUUUUCUAGUUAUUUUCUAUCGAACUAUUAUUGAUAGAGAAAAUAUGUCAAAAAACUUCUCAGUUUUUGUAUUGAAUUUGGCUAUUUCGGAUUUUCUAAUGGGUGUUUAUCUGAUGGUAAUAGGUGCUGUAGAUGCGCACUAUCAGGGUGUGUAUGCUUUAAAUGCUAUGAAAUGGAGAGAAAGUUUACUGUGCACAUCUGCUGGCGUGUUAUCGACAGUGUCCAGUGAGAUGUCCACUUUCUUAGUUCUGUUAGUGACACUACACAGACUGAUAGUCAUUGUUUUUCCUUUAUCUCGUUACACUCUUCAAAAAAGCACAUGGAGACUGGCUACAUUCGUGUCAUUAGUCAUGUGGGUAGUUUCUAUUACAAUAGCAAUCGUUCCGACGAUUUCAGUGCAGUCAUACUUUAAAGGUGGAUUCUACUCCCAGUCAAGCGUAUGCCUCGCAUUACCACUGACCGCUCACAAGAAGAUAGGAGCGGAAUACUCUGCUGCUGUCUUUAUUGGCCUCAACAGCCUCAUAUUUAUCACAAUCUUAGUAGGACAAGUCACAAUAUUCGUCUGCCUUCGGAAGAGACCAAAUAUUUCAAAAAGGCCGAAUCAAAAGGAAGAUAAGACAAUCGCACGAACCUUAUUCCUUGUGGUAGCAACUGAUUUCUGCUGCUGGUUUCCUAUUGGUGUGAUGGGAAUUACAGCGCUUAGUGGAACUCAACUCUCAGAUGAGGUGUAUGCAUGGGUGAUGGUGUUUGUACUUCCGGUAAAUGCCGGUGUAAACCCGUUCCUGUACACCAUGACUUAUAUCUGGAGGAGAAAAAGAUCCCUUCCUAUGGCUGUGAGAUAA